AGGAUUUCUUCACUUCCUGUGUUCUCACCGUUUUCACUGUUGUUUCGUUUGUGACCAUAGAUUAUAGUGGUGAAAAAUAUUAUUCGUUUUUCUUCAUUUCUUCACGUCCGUGAAGAUUUCGUGUACAUGGUCAUGUUGGAGUGAAUCAGGAAUAUUAGUGCCCCGUACUUACACUCAGCACUCUUGAGUUUUCUUAACCUGUACCUACGCACCUUCCAGAAAAAAAGUGCAAUAUUUAAUCGCAGAAGGUUGUUCCGGAUUACUUAUCACUAUCAGUCAGUUCUGUAUGUUAAUGAAAUAGAUUUGACUGUGACCUGUAACUCUGGUAGUUCUGGCUGUCGGAAGGCUGGAAGUUUUCUUUGUGCAGUCCACCAACCGCAGAUUGGUUGAAAGAAAAUAGUAACGGAACAUCACCUCUCAAUAGAAGUAACGAUUGAAGAUUCCUGGCAUCAAACUUUGCUGAAUCAUAAGAAACUGUAAGCACUGACAUUCACUUUCUAACAGGAGGUAGUUUCUGAUUGUCGGUAAAUUUUCUUGUUCUCGCGUUCUUCAUCCUCAAGUCUCAAAAUGAUGGAAGUAACGUGCAACGAUAGGCUGGGGAAAAAAGUACGAGUUAAGUGCAAUCCUAGUGAUACUAUUGGUGAUCUAAAGAAACUGAUCGGAGCUCAAACUGGCACACGCUGGGAGAAGAUAGUUUUAAAAAAAUGGUACACAAUUUUCAAGGAUCAUAUAAAAUUGGAAGAUUAUGAAAUUCAUGACGGAAUGAAUUUAGAGCUGUAUUAUCAAUGAAUGUGGAAUUUUCUCCUCUCAGGAACAUUCUUUAAAAGGCCCAAACUAAACCAAGACAUUCUAAGUUGCACAUGUAAUUCAAUCCUAAACUCGAUUGAUUGCCAUCAUGUUCUUCUUUCAUGCUGAAGUUUCACGGUUUGUAAAUAGGUUUCUGUUUCCUUACGUUCUAAGUUUUGUAUUAACUGUGUACCUACUGACGAUUUUUGGAAAAUUCUCUGUGUAAAACAAUCUGAAUUGAUCAGAAUUUAUCCUCGAGCGGUUAAUUGUUGAAUGAAAAGUCAAGAAAUCUCCAAGUGUUUCAAUACCUCUAUGCUCUCUUCUAAUUUGGGAUCUUUCUCUAUAAUUUAAUGGGAACCUAAGUCUUCUCCAAAAGAAAGGAUAGACAUAUUUUUUUGAAGAGGCCCUCUUAUCUUUUUUAUAAGUAAAACAAUCCUCUGGAAAUCCUAUUCAGUUUUCUCUCUUGAUUAUUGCCAUCGAAUAAUGUAAUGAUGAUUAUUGUCAGUCAUGAACUACCUUAUUUUCAUCGAAAACACAAAUCCUUAAAUGAGACUACUUCAUAUAAAUUUUCAGUGAAUUAAUGUACCUUUUCAAAAUAUUCAUGUAACGAUUGAUUUAUACUUCUUACUUGAAAAAUAAAAGGAAAGAAAAGAAAAAAA